CUGCUCCGUAAGACCCCUCUUUCCUGUUUAGUUUUCAGGGAGACUAGUAGCUGUCGUGUGUUGGAGUCCCCCUUUAUGUCUUCCCUCCCCUUUCCAACCCUCCCUCCUUUCCGUCUCCUCUUCUGUGCUCUAUAUGUGGCUCUUGUGGAAUCUGCUCCAAAUGUUUUCCAUAUUAGUUCAGUGUCCUUUCUGGUUCCGAAUAGCAGGGAUCGCGUAGGGAGAGAAGCCUCCAGUGAGGAGGGAGGGGAAGGGCAGGGCAAGGGAACAGUCCAGCUAAAGAGAGCAAAAGAAACGCCAGACGAGAAAGAAAAGGAAGGACAAACAGAUAGAGGGCUAGUGCAAGAACGUCCAGUUGGCCUCAAAGGAAGAUUAAGAAUCUCAGCACGAGACGGGAGGAAUUAUGGGGACGAGUCCGAUGGGGUCGGCUGGAGGAGGCAUCGCAAACGCUGGCAAGGAGAAGAAGGGACAAGCAGAAACUGGAGGCCCAGUGCUGGAGGAAGCCCAAAAAUGUUGUGGCUGCCGCUUUCCUUUGCUGGUCGCUCUGUUACAGCUUCUGCUGGGUGUCGCAGUAGCUGCUGUGGCCUUCCUCAUGGUUACCAUUAGCUCCUCUCUGCUGGCCAGGGAGACGCCCCAUUGGGCCGGCAUCAUUAUGAUUGUGGUGUCUCUGCUGGGAUUCAUCCUCUUCUGCAUCACCAGAGUGCCUGAUGAGAGAGCGUCGGCUCAAUUUAUUGUAAAGCUCCUGUACUUCUUCCUGUGCACGAUGGGGCUGGUCAUUUCCGCAGUGGUCAUUGCCUUCCAGUGCUACCAUUACGCCCUGACUAACAGCUACAGCUGCAAGGAAAUGGGGGAGUAUUGUAUGUGCACCCUGGACCCUGAGGAUCCCAUCGCCCGCACUUUCUCCUACAGCGGUGUGACAGACUGCAGUGCCAUCGUAAGCACUCUACCCAUGUAUUACCUUCUGCAGAUGGUGCUGAACCUGGCUCAGGCUAUCGUCUGCCUGGUUGGGGCCUUCCUCAUAUGGAAGCACAGGUACCAGGUGUUUUUCGCUGGGCUACAGACAGGAUCUCCUUCUGUCCAGAAUUGGCAGAAAGUUUAGGGCACUGAGAGAUUUCUCUGGAGAAGUAAACGUGGAGUGUGGGAGUGUUUGAGCCUUUAGGGAAGAAACUGUUUGCUGCAAUACCUGCCCAACUGGGAGUUUUAUGCCAUGUGACCUUUUAUCAAAGAAGCUGAAUGAGUCUGUGUUUGUAUUGCCAUAUUAUAAUAUUUUGGAAAGUUUUAUGCAAUCUUUAGAGUUAUUGUAUUUUUCUACAUUGGCUGUUUAAAAAUUUCGGCUUGUCGAGGUUAACUGUUUAUUUUUACCACGGCCAAGGAGAGUAUUUUUAUCUAUAGAACCAGUAAGUGACGCAAAACGAGACCUGAUACUUUAGGAAAAUGAGCGACACAAUCUGUUGUUGUGGUUGUUACUGUUGUGGCAAUGGCAUGCCUAAAAAUUCCUUUAAUUGCCAGUAUUAAAUUUUGCUUAGUCAAAAAACCCAGAACACCUUAAAAUGCAAUUAUUCACACAUUGACCUUUUUCUAACUUCAGGUGCAUUCAUUGUUUCCGAGACAAAAUUCCUGGUUGUUCAAUUGCUGUUGGGAUUAUUAAAAUAUUUUAAAUAUUAUGCAAAAAAUAUAACGUAUUAAAUUAGAUUUCAUAUUUUCAUAUUUGCAUUUUUUAUUAUGUGAAUAAAUAUAUAUAUAUAUAUGCAUAAUUUUAAGAAAUUAAAAUAUUAUAGUAAAAUAUUGGUUUCUAACUGUUAGACUUACAAAUCUGAUUUUUUUUUAUAACUUCUAGUCUAUUAAUAAGCCAUAUUAAACACUCGUGAGAAUGCACACAGAAGCAACACUCUUUAACAUUUCUUAGAUGAAACAUGAUUUCUACAAUAUAACAUAUCAAUUAAUUGAAUACAGCACUGCUUUACCUUAAGAACUGUCUAGAGCACUUAAAAAAACAAAAAGCACUCAGAAAUAAUAGAUGUGUGCAGUGACGAGGCUGGACGGGCUUGUGGACUGAAGUCACAGUUCAUACAGCCAGUGAACAGCAGUCAGUCAGGGAUUGGGGGGAUUCAAAGGGGUACUUUGACAAACAGCAAGUUACUGCCUCAAGAUUCAUGCAGUGCAAGGGCAAAUGGCCUUUAACCUUUUUGUAUUUUACAUAGGUCUAUUGCAUAUUUUGAAUUUGUGGUGAGGUGAAAAUUGAGCGAAUGUAAAGCCUGACAAUCAAACCAAAAAGCUCUGUUUGUCAUCAUGAAGUCCUUGUCAAUGAAGCUUGUAAACCAAAUUAUACACUGCCAACAGGAAGAGAGCUGCCUGAGGUGUUAAAAGAGUCUGUUGCUUUAAAGAGACCUUCGGUCUGGUGUUUGGAAGAGAUGCAACAUGAUGCUUCAGCACAGAAAAAAACACCCAUAAAUGUAAGCUUUGUAUGAGUCAUCUUUCUUUGAGCUGAUUUCUAAUAAAAG